CCUCUCUUUCCAGUGAUGGCCGACUAGGCCAUCUUUUGAUAUAUAUGCAGCUAGAGUCAAGAGCUCCGGGGUACUGGUUAGUUCAUAAUGUUGUUCCACCUGGAACUUACUUUCUAUAGUGGGAACACACCAGAGUCUUCACUCAUUUUCUUCAUAAUUUGGUUGUUUGGAAGUCUGUUUGUUUAGCUCUGACUUUGGGAGUGGAGGUGCAACGUGUGUUAGUGUGAGUCUCUGUAGGGUUUGUAACUAGGAAAAGAACCCUUCUUCAUGGUUGUAGUCUCAGCGUGUGCCUGAGAUCCUUGAAACCCUUCAAGAAGGGUUAACCUAACAGUACUGAGAUGUUUUCUGCAUGGCACUGACAUGUGUACACAUGCUAUAGAGGCACCAGCAGAUAAAACAUACCUGUUAGAGCAUAGAUCAGUGCAUUGACACCAGCUGCAGUGUAGUCACCAUAGUGUGCAUGUGUGUGUGUGUGCACACCCACACGUGUAUGUCUUCCAUUCACAGAAAAAGGUCAAUUUGAGUUACUUAUGUUUUUAAUUUUUAUACUUUUCUGUAGAAAACCAGUACAUCUCUGGAGUGCUUGUAGAGUCUACAUUAUAUGUGCAUGGACGUCUCACGUAACACCUUUUUAAAAUUAUAAAUUCAUAAUUGUAUACAAAAAGUAAAUAUAAACCCGUAUGUAACACACGGAUGAAAACCAGUCUGAUUGCCAGGCCUGGCAGUAGACAUUUGUGCCAUUAGCUACUGGAGAAGCUAAUGAAGUCCCAUUUGGGCUACCAAACAUCUUCAAGGCUAGUAUGGCUAACUUGGGAGAUCCUGGCUCAGAAUUUUAAAAUAUUUCAAGAAGGAUUGGGAAUAUAAAAUUCAGCAGUAGAGCCCUUACCUAGCAUGUGUGAGGGUCUCUGUUUAAUCCUCAGGAUUGAAAACAGGAAAAAAAGAAAGAAAGAGAAAAGAAGAAAGAGAGAGCCAAGCUGAAAAUAUCGUCAGAUUGCAGAUACAAGUAGUGAGGGCACCUUGCUGGGUUCCUGGUAUAGAGACUAGGAACUUGACCUCAUGGUAUAGUUAGUUUAUUGCUAACUAUUUCUUCCCUCUAACUUAACAGUUCUCAGCCUAUAGGUCUUGAGCCCUUUGAGGGUUGAACAACCUUUUGACAGGGGUCAACUAAGACCAUCAGAAAGCACAGGUAUUUACAUUAAGAUUUCUAAGCAAUUUUGAAGUAGCAACAAAAAUAAUUUUAUGGUUGGGGUUCACCACAACAUGAGGUCCCAGCAUUAGGAAGGUUAAGAACCAUUGGUCUAAAUGAACACCUUGCCAAGUGCUGCCUGAUGCUAUUGUAUUAGGUAAGUUGCAGGCUUAGGAAGAAAACGUGGUACAGGUUUUCAAAUCCUAAAAUGAAGCUAAAAAUCUUCUAUUUUGUUCUGACUGGGUCUGCAUAUAUCUCUUCAUGUAGAAAUUUUAACUUGGUAUUGUCAGAACUAGUUCUAUAUAUAGAUAACCAGGUAGGCUAUGUUGACACUAAAUAUGGUCUUAUUGUUACAAUUACUAUUGUUAGGGAAAAGUGAAGGCAAGGUGUGUGUGUGUGUGUGUGUGUGUGUGUGUGUUAUUUGGGGGUAGGUUAAGGAUUGAAGUGAAGUAGAGAAUAAUGAAUUGUGCCUACAAACCACAUUUCAAAAAAGAUAGCCAUCUUAAAAUUUAAAACAAUUCAUUUUAUUUCAGGUAAAAAAAAAAAAAUAAAAGAUAACAUCUUUCUCUGUAGUCUUAGUUGACCUGAAUUCAACAGGUUGCUUAAGUUGACCUCAGAUUCCUGGUGGUCUUGCUGCCUUUUAGGGUUAGGAUCACAAGCAUGAGACACUGCACCUGCCUUUCCAAGGUUUGAAAAUACACUUUUAGUUGAAGUGAAUCAGAGCACUAAGUGUAGAGUCUCCCAGAUGCUCAGAAACAAGCAGCCCAUGUUAGUCACUGCUCCUGUCAGGUGCAUGCACAGCGUAUUGCUAACAUCCCUGUGGCCUUUUGUGCCUCCUACCCCUUUCCUGGUCCUGCUGCGCUAACCAUUGCCCUAAUGGUGUCACCACAAGCAAGAGCAGCUGAAAGUUGUGGAAGUAGAUUUGAGAGGCUCUGUAGUUAACACAGAGUUAAAACUCAGAAGCAAUGACAAAAUGAUACCUUUUGAAUUCUGGUUUCUUAGAUUUGCCUGGAAUAGAAAGUAGAGACACAAAACAUUCAAUUAAAAGCAUACUGGAAAUUUUCUUCAUGAUAAAUAAUAAGCUAAUAACCCUGUUGCCAAGAAAUGGUCAAACUUUGCUGCACUAACAAUAUACUUUAAUUGACCUGUUGAAAAACAGACUCAGCUUUGUUACAUUUUCCAUUGUUUUAAAAUUUUGUUUCAGUGAUCUUUGUCUAUUCUUAAUUAUUCCCUUCCUUUCGUCUAACUUUGGGCUUAAAUUGUUCUUUUUUUUUUUUUUCUCAUCCCGAGGUGCGAUGUUGGAGGUCUUCCUUUUAUCUUUAUGUAAGCACUGACUAUUAUAAACUCCCCUUGCUUCCUCUGUGUUUGAUUGACUUGUAUAACUAACAAAGACUUUAUAACAAAUUACAAAAAUAUUUUUAAAUCAUAUAAAUUUGAACAAGUCAAAAAUUUUUAAGGUUUUAUAAAUUUACUUGCAGAGAUACUCUUUAGAAAACUUGUAACUUUGUAUCUGUUCCAAAAUUGCCAAUUGGGAAUUUUUGGUUUUUAUUGUUUAUUUUAUACACUGACAUUUUCAUGAGGUUUAUAUUUUUAUAAUCAAAGACUAGUUCUAAUAUUUUCUUUAGCAAUUAAGUCCUUAUUGUUGUAUAUAGAAAUAUGUUUCAAGUUGUAAUUAUGUCUCUCUCUUUUUUUUUUUUUGAGACUGUGUAGCUCUGGCUGUCCUGGAACUUGCUAUGUAGAGCAGGCUGGCCUUGAAUUUGCAGAGAUUUGCUAUCCUCUGCCUCCUAUUUUUGGAAUUAAAGGCCAAUGUUCUGAAAAAAGCUCUAGAUGGGAAUGGCCUGCCUUACAAUGACAGAAAUGGAGGCAACCUCCACAUCUCCUGUACAUCAGAAUGGUGAUAUUCCUGGAAGUGCUAAUUCUGUGAAGCAGAUAGAGCCAGUCCUUCAAGUGUAUCUGUACCAUUCUCUUGGGCAAGCUGAAGGAGAGUAUCUGAAGUUUCCAAGUGGAGAGUAUGUUGCAGAAGAAAUUUGUGUGGCUGCUUCUAAAGCUUGUGGUAUUACGCCUGUGUAUCAUAAUAUGUUUGCGUUAAUGAGUGAAACCGAAAGGAUCUGGUACCCACCCAAUCAUGUCUUCCACAUAGACGAGUCAACCAGGCAUGACAUACUCUACAGGAUAAGGUUCUACUUCCCUCAUUGGUACUGUAGUGGCAGCAGCAGAACCUACAGAUACGGAGUGUCCCGUGGGGCUGAAGCUCCUCUGCUUGAUGACUUUGUCAUGUCUUACCUUUUUGCUCAGUGGCGGCAUGAUUUUGUUCACGGAUGGAUAAAAGUACCUGUGACUCAUGAAACUCAGGAAGAGUGUCUUGGGAUGGCGGUGUUAGACAUGAUGAGAAUAGCUAAGGAGAAAGACCAGACUCCACUGGCUGUCUAUAACUCUGUCAGCUACAAGACAUUCUUACCAAAGUGCGUUCGAGCGAAGAUCCAAGACUAUCACAUUUUAACCCGGAAGCGAAUCAGGUACAGAUUUCGCAGAUUCAUUCAGCAAUUCAGUCAAUGUAAAGCCACUGCCAGGAACCUAAAACUUAAGUAUCUUAUAAACCUGGAAACCCUGCAGUCUGCCUUCUACACAGAACAGUUUGAAGUAAAAGAAUCUGCAAGAGGUCCUUCAGGUGAGGAGAUUUUUGCAACCAUUAUAAUAACUGGAAACGGUGGAAUUCAGUGGUCAAGAGGGAAACAUAAGGAAAGUGAGACACUGACAGAACAGGACGUACAGUUAUAUUGUGAUUUCCCUGAUAUUAUUGAUGUCAGUAUUAAGCAAGCAAACCAGGAAUGCUCAAAUGAAAGUAGAAUUGUAACUGUCCAUAAACAAGAUGGUAAAGUUUUGGAGAUAGAACUUAGCUCAUUAAAAGAAGCCUUGUCAUUCGUGUCAUUAAUUGACGGGUAUUACAGACUAACUGCGGAUGCGCACCAUUACCUCUGCAAAGAGGUGGCUCCCCCAGCUGUGCUCGAGAACAUACACAGCAACUGCCACGGCCCAAUAUCAAUGGAUUUUGCCAUUAGCAAACUAAAGAAGGCGGGUAACCAGACUGGACUAUAUGUGCUACGAUGCAGCCCUAAGGACUUCAACAAAUACUUUCUGACCUUUGCUGUUGAGCGAGAAAAUGUCAUUGAAUAUAAACACUGUUUGAUUACGAAGAAUGAGAAUGGAGAAUACAACCUCAGCGGGACUAAGAGGAACUUCAGUAACCUUAAGGACCUUUUGAAUUGCUACCAGAUGGAAACUGUGCGCUCAGACAGUAUCAUCUUCCAGUUUACCAAAUGCUGCCCCCCAAAGCCAAAAGAUAAAUCAAACCUUCUCGUCUUCAGAACAAAUGGUAUUUCUGAUGUUCAGAUCUCACCAACAUUACAGAGGCAUAAUAAUGUGAAUCAAAUGGUGUUUCACAAAAUCAGGAAUGAAGAUUUAAUAUUUAAUGAAAGUCUUGGCCAAGGUACUUUUACAAAAAUUUUUAAAGGUGUAAGAAGAGAAGUUGGAGAUUAUGGUCAACUGCACAAAACGGAAGUUCUUUUGAAAGUCCUAGAUAAAGCACAUAGGAACUAUUCAGAGUCUUUCUUCGAAGCAGCAAGCAUGAUGAGUCAGCUUUCUCACAAGCAUUUGGUUUUGAAUUAUGGUGUCUGUGUCUGUGGAGAGGAGAACAUUCUGGUUCAAGAAUUUGUAAAAUUUGGAUCACUGGAUACAUACCUGAAGAAGAACAAAAAUUCCAUAAAUAUAUUAUGGAAACUUGGAGUGGCUAAGCAGUUGGCAUGGGCCAUGCAUUUUCUAGAAGAAAAAUCCCUUAUUCAUGGGAAUGUGUGUGCUAAAAAUAUCCUGCUUAUCAGAGAAGAAGACAGGAGAACGGGGAACCCACCUUUCAUCAAACUUAGUGAUCCUGGCAUUAGCAUUACAGUUCUACCGAAGGACAUUCUUCAGGAGAGAAUACCAUGGGUACCUCCUGAAUGCAUUGAGAAUCCUAAAAAUCUCAAUCUGGCAACAGACAAGUGGAGCUUCGGGACCACUCUGUGGGAGAUCUGCAGUGGAGGAGAUAAGCCCCUGAGUGCUCUGGAUUCUCAAAGAAAGCUGCAGUUCUAUGAAGAUAAGCAUCAGCUUCCUGCACCCAAGUGGACAGAGUUAGCAAACCUUAUAAAUAAUUGCAUGGACUAUGAGCCAGAUUUCAGGCCUGCUUUCAGAGCUGUCAUCCGUGAUCUUAACAGCCUGUUUACUCCAGAUUAUGAACUACUAACAGAAAAUGACAUGCUACCAAACAUGAGAAUAGGUGCCCUAGGGUUUUCUGGUGCUUUUGAAGACAGGGACCCUACACAGUUUGAAGAGAGACACUUGAAGUUUCUACAGCAGCUUGGCAAAGGUAACUUCGGGAGUGUGGAGAUGUGCCGCUAUGACCCGCUGCAGGACAACACUGGCGAGGUGGUCGCUGUGAAGAAACUCCAGCACAGCACUGAAGAGCACCUCCGAGACUUUGAGAGGGAGAUCGAGAUCCUGAAAUCCUUGCAGCAUGACAACAUCGUCAAGUACAAGGGAGUGUGCUACAGUGCGGGUCGGCGCAACCUAAGAUUAAUUAUGGAAUAUUUACCAUAUGGAAGUUUACGAGACUAUCUCCAAAAACAUAAAGAACGGAUAGAUCACAAAAAACUUCUUCAAUACACAUCUCAGAUAUGCAAGGGCAUGGAAUAUCUUGGUACAAAAAGGUAUAUCCACAGGGACCUGGCAACAAGGAACAUAUUGGUGGAAAAUGAGAACAGGGUUAAAAUAGGAGACUUCGGAUUAACCAAAGUCUUGCCGCAGGACAAAGAAUACUACAAAGUAAAGGAGCCAGGGGAAAGCCCCAUAUUCUGGUACGCACCUGAAUCCUUGACGGAGAGCAAGUUUUCUGUGGCCUCAGAUGUGUGGAGCUUUGGAGUGGUUCUAUACGAACUUUUCACAUACAUCGAGAAGAGUAAAAGUCCACCCGUGGAAUUUAUGCGAAUGAUUGGCAAUGAUAAACAAGGGCAAAUGAUUGUGUUCCAUUUGAUAGAGCUACUGAAGAGCAACGGAAGAUUGCCAAGGCCAGAAGGAUGCCCAGAUGAGAUUUAUGUGAUCAUGACAGAGUGCUGGAACAACAAUGUGAGCCAGCGUCCCUCCUUCAGGGACCUUUCCCUUCGGGUGGAUCAAAUCCGGGACAGUAUAGCUGCGUGAAAGAGAUGGCCUUCACUCAGAGACCAAGCAGACUUCCAGAACCAGAACAAAGCUCUGUAGCCUUGUGUCUACACAUCCUUAUCAUGAUGCUAGCUAGGCAGAAGAAACUGUGACGCCGUCUGCUCAAAGCUUUGGAAACGCCGUGCGUUUGUUUCUACACCAUCUGUAAAAACCACUGCUCAAGUCUGGCAGCAUGCUUGUGGGCUGAUGCAUGGAGCUCACCACAGAGUCUCUGCAUCUCCUCUGGCAGAAGAAGAAAAUAGACAGUUUUCAACUCAGCUUUUUUGAGAAAUGGAAAAAAUUAUAAUGUAAAUUUUGCAGUGUAGGAAAUACACAGAACAUACAUGUACAGUUUUUACCACGUGGAGUGUAUAAUACUUUGGCCUCUUGUGUGAUUUACAUGAGGGCUGAUGUUUGUUAAUGUUUUCUAAUUUUUCCAUAGGUGAUCUAUAAUAACUUCAUGAUACAAAUUAAAAUGCUCAGAAAAUUAAAUACCUUUUCUUUCUUGCUCAUCUUUGCUGCUCUGUUAGGGCCUGUAGUUCCAUGCCACUGUAAAUAUUUUUCAAAGCAAAAGGAACAAAGGUCUAGUUUUACUUGUAUAGGAAAUCUUCCUGACCCUAAAGAAUUUUGAAAUGGGACAAUCUUACAAAGACACAGCACAAUCUAUUUUCUUAUUUGUUUUCCUUGUGUUUAUGGUAAAUGUGUUUUUAAAUAGAACUGUCUCCAACUUUUUCUAUGACUAUAAUGAAUAUAAUGAAUCCUUUUAUAAUUUUGAGAUUAAGAAUGCCAGAAAUACUUCCCUCCCUUGAACUGUUAACUGCCAAUGAGAUGUUUCAAUCCCUAAGACUUGUCAUUAUACAUUAAAUUGAAGCAUAAGCCAUACAUAAUUUGUAAAAUGUACAAGCUCUUUAAGAUGCUUUCUGGGUUGGAACAUGGCCAAAGACUGUGUGAGAGGCCUCCAGGUUUGCCAUUACAGCUGUGAGAGAAACGUCCUUUCCUCAGCGUCUCCCAGACAGAUGGGAAGGGAAGGGUGUGGGGCACAUGCUGUUCAUCCCAUUCAAGAAUACCAGCAGGCGUGUGACGCACAUCUCGAGAUGAGAAGAGAGAGCGUACAUCUUUUCAAAGUAUAAAUAAUUGUUAUCAUCCUUCGUGCUGCUCCCUCUUAGACAAUGUCAUGUCAAAAAUAAAACAAGAUUUUUGUGUGUUAUUUAUACAAGA